AUGGAGCGCGGCGGCGGCGGCGGCGGCGGGAUGGACUCCGUCCCGGACGGCGUCGUGCAGCACAUCCUGUCCAUGCUCAGCAACGUGCGCGACGUGGCGGCCUGCGCCUGCGUCUGCCGCCGCUGGCGCGAGCACGUGCCCUACCUCCCGGCGCUCUUCUUCCCCCGGAACGCCUUCGACGCCGCCGCCGUCGGCGGCGGCGCCGCGGACGAGGCCAUCGGCCGCAUGGUGGCCGCCGUCGAGCGCCUCAGGGAGCUCGUCAUCUACUGCCCCUUCUCCCUCGCGCGCCUCCCCGCCUGGCUCGCCAUGCGCAGCGCCUCGCUCCGGGUCCUCGAGCUGCGGAUGGACGCCGCCGCCGACAGGGACGCGCUGGACGCCGGGUACCUCGACUGCAUCGCCCUCGCCACGGGCCUCGAGGAGCUGCGCCUCUGGGGCGUGCUGCUCACCAACGCCCCGGCGUGGGGCCCGCUGCAGGGCCUCCGCGUCCUCGAGAUCGUGGGCGCGCCGCUGCGGGACGCCGCGGUCACGGACCUCCUCGCCGCCUGCCCCAGCCUCACCGACCUCUCCCUCCUCGGCUGCGACUGCUCCGGCGAGGUGUCCUUCAGCCUCCCCAUGCUCCAGCGCUGCCGCCUCGACUUCCUCGGCGGCGGCAACUGCGCCCUCCUGCUCGCCGCGCCCCGCCUCCAGUCGCUCGAGGCGCAGGGCUUCACCUGGAUCAGCCUGCAGGGCGGCCACAGCCUCCGCCGCCUCUCCAUCGCCAAGAGCACAGGGAGGGUGUAUAAGGUGGACACUGGGAAGCUCCCAGAUCUGGAAUUCCUCUCGCUGCGCGGCGUCCAGUGGAGCUGGGCCGCCGUCAGCGCGGUGCUGCAGUGCGCCAGCCAGGUGAGGCACCUGGUGAUGAAGAUCGAGUUCUGUGGCGAGUUCGACGUGCUCCAGCCUUUCCCCGAGGUCGAUCUGGUCGACUUCUUCAACGGCCACCCCAGGCUCAGGAAAUUUGAGAUCCAUGGCGCUAUGUUCGCCGCUCUUUGCCAGAGAAACAGCCUGAAAAACCUGGAUUCAAGGUUCACCAUCCCUUGCCUGGAAGAGCUGCUGAUCACAGUGCGCUCACCCCUCAAUGCUGAACAGAAGCUGAGCACUCUUGAAUCGCUCGUGAAGUACAGCGUCAACCUGCAGGCAAUGGUCAUCAGGAUCUCACAGAUGAAGAAUUGCCAUGACGCUGCUGACGAUUUCUUUGAGGAGAUAUGUAAGUUCAAGUACACAAACUACAGGAAGGUGCGGAUCGAAUAAAAGGAGGCGCCGCGUGAUUUAUUCUUCAAUAAAUUUGAUUGAGGACUUCAUUCUUUUUUUUACCAUAUUCCUUGUUUUUAGUUAUUGUCAUUGCUGGAGGAUGCCUGUUUAUGCCUCUUGUGUAACUUUUGAAGUUAUGUUGUUUACUUGAUAUUCCUCUAGUCGAUUGUAUGGCUAGAGCCUGUUGUUGAAACAAUUUUGAUUGAAUAAUUGAUGACUCAUUUUUGUUGCUAUA